GAUGAGGUCUCACUAUGUUGUUCAGGCUGGUCUCGAACCCCUGGGCUCAAGUGAUCCUCCUGCCAUCGGCCUCCUAAAGUGCUAGAAUUAUAGGCAUAAGCCACCACACUCAGCCAGAGGUGGUUAUUUUAGUUAGGGUGAUCAGGGAAGGCCUCACUGAGGAGGUAACAUUUGAGCCGAGACCUCAGCUCCAAGCUUGGUGGAAAACACUUGGUUUUAUACUUGGUGAAAAAGUAAGUGCGUGUUUAGUUUUGUUCAAAACUGCCAUACUCUUUUUGCAGAGUGGCUAUACCAUUUCACAUUCCCAUCAACAAAAUAUGAGAAACCUAGUUUCUCCACAUACUCACCAGCAUUUGGUGUUAGCAUUCUUAUUUUAGCCAUUCCAAGAAGUGCGUAGUGAUGAAAGCAAUUGUGGUUUUAAUUUGUAUUUCCCGAAUAAAUAGCUAAUGAUGUUUAACAUCUUUUCAUGCACAUAUUGCCACCUGUGACAGCAGUGAAAUAUCCGUUCAUAUCCUUUGUCCAUUUUCUUUAUUUCAAGUUCUGGGGUACAUGUGCAGGAUGUGCAGGUUUGUUACACAGGUAAACAUCUGCCAUGGUAGUUUACCACACCCAUUAACCCAUCACCUAGGUAUCAAGCCCAGGAUGCAUUAGCUACUCUUGCUGAUGCUCUCCCUCCCCCCUCCCAACACCCACCCCACAGGCCCCCAUGUGUGUUGGUCCCCUCCCUGUGUCCAUGUGUUCUCAUUGUUCAGCUCCCAAGUGAGAACAUGCAUGUUUAGCUUUCUGUUGCUGCAUUAAUUUGCUGAGGAUAAUAGCUUCUAGCUUCAUCCAUGUCCCUGCAAAGGACAUGAUCUCGUUCCUUUUUAUGGCUGUAUAGUAUUCCAUGGUGUAUAUGUACCACAUUUUCUUUAUCCAGUCUAUCAUUGAGGGGCAUUUGGGUUGAGUCCAUGUCUUUGCUAUUUUGAAUAGUGCUUCAAUGAACAUACUCGUGCAUGUAUCUUUGUAAUAGAAUGAUUUAUAUUCCUUUAGGUAUAUACCCAGUAAUGGGAUUUCUGGGUCAAAUGGCAUUUCUGGUUCUAGGUCUUUGAGGAAUCACCACACUGUCUUCCACAAUGGUUGAACUAAUUUACAUUCCCACCAACAGUGUAAAAGCGUUCUACCUUUGGCCAUUUUCAAACUGCAUUAUCUGUUUUACAAAAAUCGCUCCAGCUGCUUUACGGAGAAUUAAUUAAUUAAAGGGCGGAGUCGACACUGUGGAAGUUCAGGAGAAGUGAUGGGAGCUGGGACGGAGUGUUAGCGCUGGAGAUGGAGAAAAAGGGGCACAUUCUGGAAUAGUCAGCACAUUGGAAGUAGAGUUUACGGGACUUGCAGGAGGACACGUAGAAUCAAGGACUUCCAGGUUCCUGGCGUGUCCUUUACAGAGGGAAAAAAGGUUUGAGGGAAGGGGAACCAAGGCUCUGGACAUAAAUCUGAAUUGCCUGUCACCGUCCGGGUGGAGGUCACAGAUAAAGAGCCUGAUCUAGACACAGGCGGAGAGGAGAGGAGGGAUUUGAGGGCGUUGGAGGGGGAAAGGGGGGCCAGCAGGAAACGGUGACUGGCUGAGUAACAAAAUGGGGGUGGGGACGUGCAAGUUUCAGACUCCGACUAACUACGCGGGGACUCCGAGGCGCUCAGAAAAAUGAAGCCGACCCGGCCCUGCCCCGAGGGACGCUCCAAGAGGGCGGAGGUGCAGGGAGGGCCCCGCCACAAUUCGCGGUAACGCAAGCCAGGCUCGGGCGGAAGGGCGGCCGGAGCCGAUCAAAGGCUGGCUCCGGGCAGGGGCAGCGAGGGAGCGAGGGGGAGCUCUCCGCAGGCCGGUGUCCCGGAGGAGGCAUAAUUGGAGCAGGGCUUCCAAGGUCACGGAGAGACGCCGGGCAAGACCUCUUAAGGAUCCUCUUCCGGGCUUGAAAGACAGGCGUCCUCCCGAACCGCGCGACCCAGCCAAGAAGAGCCGGGGCGGGGCCGGGGCCGGGGCCGGGGGCCGACUCGGGAAUCUUCGGCCGAGGCUCGGCAAUCCCCCCAUCCUCCGUCCGGGGCCUCCAGCCCGGGGCCGAUCCGGAAACAGCCGAGCGGAUCCGGAAACAGCCGAGAGGACCCGGAAGCGGUGCGCUCCGUCACCAGGGAGUGCGGGAAUCCGCCGUUUGCGCUGAGGCAAUGGCGGCAGCUGCGCCGGUGGCCGCGGACGACGAUGAGCGGCGGCGGCGGCCGGGGGCUGCACUGGAGGACUCCCGGCCCCAGGAAGGGGCAAAUGGUGAGGCCGAGUCAGGUGAGCUCAGCCGGCUUCGGGCUGAGCUGGCAGGCGCCCUGGCAGAAAUGGAAACCAUGAAGGCUGUGGCAGAGGUGAGCGAGAGCACGAAGGCCGAGGCUGUGGCUGCGGUGCAGCGGCAGUGCCAAGAGGAGGUGGCCUCGCUGCAGGCCAUCCUGAAAGACUCCAUCAGCAGCUAUGAAGCCCAGAUCACCGCCCUGAAGCAGGAGCGACAGCAGCAGCAGCAGGACUGUGAGGAGAAGGAGCGGGAGCUGGGCCGCCUGAAGCAGCUGCUGUCCCGGGCCUACCCCCUGGACUCCCUGGAGAAGCAGAUGGAAAAGGCCCACGAGGACUCGGAGAAGCUGCGGGAGAUCGUACUGCCCAUGGAAAAGGAGAUCGAGGAGCUGAAGGCGAAGCUGCUGAGGGCCGAGGAGCUGAUUCAGGAGAUCCAGAGACGUCCCCGGCAUGCCCCUUCCCUGCACGGCUCCACGGAGUUGCUGCCCCUGUCCCGGGAUCCAUCGCCCCCGCUGGAGCCUCUGGAGGAGCUGAGCGGAGAUGGGGGUCCAGCCGCUGAGGCCUUCGCUCACAACUGCGAUGACAGCGCCUCCAUCUCCUCCUUCUCCCUUGGCGGUGGGGUCGGCAGCAGCUCCUCCCUGCCCCAAAGCCGCCAGGGCCUGAGCCCUGAACAGGAAGAGACGGCCUCGCUGGUGUCUACGGGCACCCUGGUUCCCGAGGGCAUCUACCUGCCCCCUCCUGGCUACCAGCUCGUCCCAGACACUCAGUGGGAGCAGCUGCAGACAGAGGGCCGACAGCUGCAGAAGGACCUGGAGAGCGUCAGUCGCGAGCGGGACGAGCUCCAAGAGGGCCUGAGACGGAGCAACGAGGACUGUGCCAAGCAGAUGCAGGUGCUCCUGGCCCAGGUCCAGAACUCAGAGCAGCUGCUGCGGACCCUGCAAGGGACCGUGAGCCAGGCCCAGGAGCGGGUGCAGCUGCAGAUGGCGGAGCUGGUCACCACCCACAAGUGCCUGCACCAUGAGGUAAAGCGGUUGAAUGAGGAAAACCAAGGGCUCCGGGCCGAGCAGCUGCCAUCCUCAGCCCCCCAGGGCCCGCAGCAGGAGCAGGGCGAGGAGGAAUCACUGCCCAGCUCUGUGCCAGAGCUGCAGCAGCUGCUGUGCCGCACGCGGCAAGAGGCGAGGGCCCGGCUGCAGGCCCAGGAGCACGGGGCCGAGCGCCUGCGGAUCGAGAUCGUGACGCUGCGGGAGGCUCUGGAGGAGGAGACAGCGGCCAGGGCCAGCCUGGAGGGGCAGCUGAGGGUGCAGCGGGAGGAGACAGAGGUGCUGGAGGCCUCCCUGUGCAGCCUGAGGACAGAGAUGGAGCGGGUGCAGCAGGAACAGAGCAAGGCCCAGCUCCCAGACCUCCUCUCAGAACAGAGGGCCAAGGUGCUGCGGCUGCAGGCAGAGCUGGAGACCAGUGAGCAGGUGCAGAGGGAUUUCGUGCGACUGUCCCAGGCCCUGCAGGUGCGCCUAGAGCGGAUCCGCCAGGCUGAGACCCUGGAGCAAGUGCGCAGCAUCAUGGAUGAGGCGCCACUCACGGACGUCAGGGACAUCAAGGACACCUGAGGGGUCAGGAUGUCCCCACCCCCACCCUGGGAAAGACGCCUUUCCCCACUCCCGAACCAUGAGGCCUCGCUCUGGGGUCUUGGAUGGCUUUUCCACCGUCCCUGAGACUGGGGUUGAGGGGACUGAUGGGGGCCACCACCGCCCCACCCUCCAGCGCCUCCUCCCAGGGUGGCUGGGCCUCCUGUUCUCAGGGAUCACACCUGGGUGAGGGGCCCAAGCCCCUCCCGGAACCAAAGGUGCAGGCUCAGGCCUGCGGCUUUCUGGCUGCUGUGCUGCCUCCUGGGCUCCAGCCCUCCCCUGCCCCCAGCCCGUCCCCUGCCCAGGGCACAGCCGAGCCAUGGGGGCUGGGAGUCCCCAUCAGAGGCAGUGAGGUGGGCCCCGGCCCUGGGACAGGCAGCUGCCUUCUGGUCUGCAUGACACUAAGACGCUUGUCCACAGCGGCGACCCAGGCCUCCAAGCUUGCACAGAGGCAAGGCCAGACUUUUCCGUCAUUUAUUUUCAAUAAAUAAGCAGCUCAGCGCA